CAUCCCUGUCGGUCUCAGACACCCACUUCACUCUCAACUUCAAUGGCUCCUUUUCCCUCCCAUCCCAUCCCCUUACUCUUCCUCCUCUUUUCUUUCCUCCCUCUCCUCUCCCUCUCCGCCGUUGAUCAACCCUACAAAACCUACAUCGUACGCAUUGACUCUCAAUCUAAGCCCUCCAUUUUCCCGACACACUACCACUGGUACACCACUGAAUUCACUGACGCCCCUCAAAUACUCCACACUUACGACACCGUUUUCCAUGGCUUUUCCGCCACACUCACACCAGACCACGCCGCCACUCUCAGCCAACACCCAUCAGUUCUUGCGGUGUUUGAAGACAAACGGCAACAACUCCACACCACCCGGUCCCCUCAGUUUCUUGGACUCAGAAACCAACGUGGUCUCUGGUCGGAUUCGGAUUAUGGUUCUGAUGUUAUCAUUGGCGUUCUCGAUACCGGGAUCUGGCCAGAACGAGGGAGCUUCUCUGACGUCAAUCUUGGAGCGAUUCCUGCUCGGUGGAAAGGAAUUUGUGAAGUCGGUGAAAGAUUUUCAGCAAGUAACUGCAACAAGAAGUUGAUUGGUGCCCGGUUUUUUAUCAAAGGACAUGAGGCAGCAAGUGGGAGCAUGGGACCGAUUACUCCUAUAAAUGAAACUGUGGAGUUUAAGUCUCCACGAGAUGCCGAUGGUCAUGGGACUCACACGGCAUCAACUGCCGCAGGAAGGCAUGUGUUUGGUGCUAGCAUGGAAGGGUACGCGGCAGGGAUUGCUAAAGGGGUAGCGCCGAAAGCACGUUUGGCCGUUUAUAAAGUUUGUUGGAAGAAUGCAGGGUGUUUUGAUUCUGAUAUUUUAGCUGCUUUUGAUGCUGCGGUUAAAGAUGGAGUUGAUGUCAUUUCGAUUUCCAUUGGUGGUGGUGAUGGGAUUUCGGCACCUUAUUAUCUUGAUCCGAUUGCCAUCGGUGCUUAUGGUGCGGCUUCUAGAGGGGUUUUUGUCUCGUCUUCGGCUGGGAAUGACGGGCCUAAUUUAAUGUCAGUGACGAAUCUUGCUCCGUGGAUUGUUACUGUUGGUGCUGGAACAAUUGACAGGAAUUUCCCCGCAGAAGUUGUUCUUGGUAAUGGGAAGAGAUUAUCUGGUGUUUCGCUAUAUGCUGGAUUGCCAUUGAGUGGUAAAAUGUAUCCUCUGGUUUAUCCGGGGAAAUCAGGGGUUUUGUCCUCGUCACUGUGUAUGGAAAAUUCAUUGGAUCCUAAUAUGGUGAAGGGAAAAAUUGUUGUUUGCGAUCGCGGAAGUAGCGCAAGAGUGGCAAAAGGGUUGGUUGUUAAGAAAGCUGGAGGUGUUGGUAUGAUUCUUGCUAAUGGAAUGUCUAAUGGUGAAGGUUUAGUUGGCGAUGCUCAUUUAAUUCCUACUUGUGCUCUUGGUUCUGAUGAGGGUGAUACAGUUAAGGCUUAUGUUUCAGCCACUUCGAAUCCGGUUGCUACUAUUGCUUUCAAGGGUACUGUGAUCGGAAUCAAACCAGCUCCUGUUGUGGCUUCGUUUUCGGGUAGGGGGCCAAAUGGAUUGACCCCGGAGAUUCUGAAGCCGGACUUGAUUGCUCCCGGGGUGAACAUUCUUGCUGCUUGGACGGAUGCUGUUGGUCCAACUGGAUUGGAUUCAGAUACUCGAAAAACUGAAUUCAACAUUCUUUCAGGCACUUCAAUGGCAUGUCCUCAUGUAAGUGGCGCCGCAGCCUUGCUUAAAUCUGCCCACCCAGAUUGGAGUCCGGCAGCAAUUAGGUCUGCAAUGAUGACCACUGCCAAUACAUUCAAUAAUCUAAACCAGCCAAUGACUGAUGAGGCCACUGGAAACGUGUCGUCAUCAUACGAUUUGGGUGCAGGGCAUCUCAAUCUUGAUCGAGCAAUGGAUCCAGGGUUGGUUUAUGAUAUUACUAACAACGAUUAUGUGAACUUUUUGUGUGGAAUUGGAUACGGGCCUAGAGUAAUUCAGGUGAUCACGCGAUCACCUGUGAGUUGUCUAGAGAAGAAACCAUUGCCAGAGAACCUCAAUUACCCUUCAAUCGCAGCAUUGCUUCCAAGCUCAGCAAAGGGAGCAACAAGCAAGGCGUUCAUUAGAACAGUCACCAAUGUGGGUCAACCGGACGCUGUUUAUCGUUUCACAAUCCAAGCUCCAAAGGGGGUUACAGUGACAGUGAAACCACCAAAAUUGGUGUUCACCGAAGCCAUGAAGAAGCAGAGCUUCAUUGUAACCGUAACGGCCAACACCCGGAAUCUGAUGCUGGAUGAUUCGGGUGCUGUAUUCGGGUCAAUUUCGUGGUCUGAUGGGAAGCAUGUCGUUAGGAGUCCCAUUUUGGUGACCCAGAUAGAUCCCUUGUAAACUUAUAGUUUCACUUGGAUCAUAUCUUAUGAUCGGUAAGGUUGGCUGGCAGGUGGUUAAGCUAUAGCGCUGAAGUAGCAAGAGAGAGUGUGAGGUAGCAUAGGUGUAGAAUUUUCUACGUACAAGUGUGUGUUGCCACCCUUCUUUCUGUUGGCUGCCAGGUUAGGACUAAGGCCAAGAACUGCUUUUGAGGGAUGGUUAGUGUGAGUUCUUUCUUUGUUUUUUCCUUUCCUUGUUAAAUUAUAUCUGUUACCAUCCUUUUUUCCAUGUAAUGUUGUAUAUGUAUAAACUUGACAAGUUUAUAUAAGCAAUAGUUUGAUA